AUUGCACUUUGGCUUGGCCCAUGGGCGCCCGCGACGUGCUGCUGCACGAGUGCUUGCUGCCGCUUCUCGUGGAGUACCAAGACGGCCUCUGCUACGACUUUUUGCCGUACGUUCGCCCCUACUUGGCGGCUCAGCGCCGCUGGCGCGGGCUCGUAGCGCAGCAUGGCCGCCGCGCGCACGAAGCGAUGGCGUCCCAGUGCACGUGCGAGCACACACCGAGCAGCCUCUGCCUCUCGACGCUCAGCGGCCCCACUGUGUGUAUGGCAAACGAGCUGGCGUACCACGUGCAUCUGGCUAUCCGAGCAAACAACGUACAGGCGCUGGACGGCUGGCUGCGCUACGCGCCGGCCGAAGCGACGCCUCGCGCCAUCACGUGCGCAGCGCGUUACGGUGCCAUCAACUGCCUCCAACGACUCGUGGCAUUGGUAUCGAGCGACGCGCUGCCCAUGCGAGCGCUUGAGUACGCGGUUGAGCUCGGGCACGAAUCGAUCUUUGCCGCCUUGUACCCUCGCUUCCCGGCGACGCGUCUGCUCCACGACGGCGACACGAACCUUCUGGACUUGGCCGCCAGCGUCGGCCACUUUCGCAUCGUUGUGUUGCUUCACACGGCGGAUUAUCCUCGCGGCGCAACCGUCCUUGCCAUGGACGCAGCGAGUUCGAACGGCCAUGAAGAGGUCGUCCGCUACUUGCAUCAGCACCGAACCGAAGGCGCGUCCGUGGCCGCGCUCGACGGUGCCGCCGCUGCGGGACACUUGGCCAUUGUCGCCUUUCUGCACAUGACACAGCGGACGGCAACAGCCCGCGCACUGGAGAUGGCGGCGGCCAACGGGCAUCUCGCCGUCGUCGAGUACCUUUGCACGCAUCGCCGCGAGGGGUGCCGGACGUACGCGAUCGACGAUGCAGCCAAAAACGGCCACUUGGAGGUCGUAAGGCUCCUCCACACGCGCGGGUUUGCCUGCACCUUUCGCGCCAUGAACAACGCGGCGCUGAACGGGCACUUGGCCAUUCUGGCUUUUCUGCACGACAAUCGCAAUGAAGGUUGCACGGUCUUCGCGAUGGAUUGGGCCGCGUCCAAGGGCUAUUUGGACGUCGUGUGCUUUCUCCAGGAGCGCCGACGCGAAGGCUGCACGACGCGCGCAAUGAACGGCGCCGCCAAAGCCGGGCACUUGGCCGUUGUUCGGUAUCUGCAUCACCACCGAAACGAGGGCUGCACGACGGACGCCAUCGACUGCGCGGCGGCCAACGGGCAUGCGGAUGUGGUCGAGUUUUUGGUCUCGCACCGCAGCGAGGGAUUUACGCCCCGCGCUCUGCACGCGGCGGCUGAGAAAGCAGACACCGUCCUCUUCGAGCUCCUCCGCAGUGCGUACCCCGGGCUCCGCCGCGGCGCUCGCGCUGCCUUUUGCCAGGCCGAGGCCGCUCUCGUCGCCUAAGACUCUGAACAAGCGGGCGAAGAGCACUCUACGUUAUUCAUGUGAAUCCAUUGCUUUAGAUCGUA